UUGUCCUUUUAAAGUCCAUAGCAACCAGAGAAGAACGAUGCAGCCCUAGGAGAAGUGAUGGCUUGAGCGAGGCUACUGGUAUUACCGUGGGCUUAAUCACUGCUUCUGCAUUAUGAUGAACAACCCAUGAUACAGGCUGAAUAGCAGAAUACACAGACUACUUUUUACAAACCUGGGUGUGACCAUAUUGCUUUGCAAUGGUGCUCCUCUUUUACGCCUUCUGUUCAUUGCUCUUAGCAGUAACAGGUUGCUUUGCUGAGCCUUGCAGAGAAGGUGCCAAGUACUCAAAUGCAAUAAUUGCAUUGUCACCUAAUGUGAAGACAACUAAGAUCCUUUCUGUGCCACGUGCAUCUACCAUUGCCGACUGUUUGGCAGCCUGUUGUGACCUGCCAGGGUGUGACUUGGCCUGGGUAUUUGAAGCCCGAUGUUAUAUUGUAAACUGCCAGCAUAAGGAAAACUGUGAACCAAAGAAGACAUCAGUAGUGGAGUCUUAUCUAGCUUUUGUAGAGAGAUCUUCUCAGAAAUCUGUUCUUCAGACCCUACAUGAACAGAGUCUCAGGAAUUGGAAUCAUUUAGCAGAGAUACAAGGAUACUCUGAUGAGGAAGACAUGUCUUUAUUUGAUAAGGACCAUUCCCUUAGUGAGCUUCCAUUGGCUGGGAAAUAUCCUGAGGAUUAUGGAGCCUUGGCAUCAGAUAUCAGUCUACUGAACACCAAGCAUGAGCUGACAGAAACACCGGAUUAUGUCAGAUGGCAUCAGCAAGUGAGAGCAGAUGGUAUAAGGAACCUUUCCAUGUUAGAUACUGGUGAAACUGAUGGCAGUUCAUCUGAUACAGUGAGUGGUGGUACAAGCUCAGUGGGUGGUAUCAGAAAUUAUUCUCAACAAAAGCAAACGGUGGAGAACAUUACUGAAAUAGGACCAGCAUCUACCAAAAGUACUAUUUUCCCCUUAGGAAAUAAUGUCGGAGAAGCUGCAAACAAAAACAUGAAAGUUGGCGAAGGCAUGAAGAAGGAAGGUCUCAUAUCCUCUGUUGACUUAAAGCCAGUGAUGCUGGAAUCUCCAUCACCUGUGUAUGAAGACAGCCACACCUUCUUAUCAGUUCAAAGAACAUUUGUCCAAGAAGUGAUCACACCACCUUCUACAAGUAUUCAUGUAUCUUUUCCAAAAGAUGUAACCACUCACUCCUCAACAACUAAACCAACAGUUUUUAAAGCCCUUCCAUUGACUGGUGAUAUCAAGGAGAUAAGUUUGCCCCAAAAUGAGGUAAUAACGGAUGCUUCUGUUGCACCCAAACCAACCACUGCUGAGAAAGCUGUAAGAGUAAAUCAGCUGCCUGUAGCCAUCAUAUCCCCAGAAUCACAAGACAUCUCACAACCUGAUACACUGGUCAUCAUAAAUGGGAGUCAAAGCACAGAUGAUGAACAAAUUGUCACUUAUCAUUGGGAGUUACUAAGAGGUCGUCUCCAAGAAAAGGAAAUUCUGAAUGAUUCACCUGUUUUACGCUUGUUUAGUCUUCUGCCUGGCAAUUACACAUUCAGGUUGACAGUCAUUGACUCAGAUGGUGCAGCCAACUCUACCACUGCAACAGUCAUGGUCAGAAAACCAGUGGACUACCCUCCAGUUGCAAAUGCUGGUCCAGAUCAAAAAAUUGCAUUACCUUUGAAUUAUCUCACCUUGAAUGGAAACCACAGCACUGAUGACCACCAAGUUAUGAACUAUAAGUGGUCACUUAGUCCAAGGAAUAAAAGGAAAGAGGUGGAAAUGCAGGGCAUCGAAACACCAUUUCUGCAACUGACUGGCUUACAGGAAGGCAAUUAUACAUUUCUGCUAACUGUUACUGACUCUUCUGGGCAGCAAUCUACAGAUGAAGUCACUGUGACUGUACAGCCUGUUGCUAAAAUCCCUCCUGUUUCUGUGACUGGACCUGACAAACAUCUGCUGCUUCCAGUGGAAAACCUCACAUUGGAUGGGAGUAGGAGCACUGAUGAUGUUGGAAUUGUAUCAUACUUCUGGGAAAGUAUCAGUAGCCCAGCCCCCGUGUAUAUUGAGAAACCUUAUCAGGCCAUUACAUCUGUAAGCGGCUUACAGCCAGGUGUCUACUGCUUCAGGCUGACAGUAAAGGAUGCACAAGGAUUGACAGAUACUGCUACUUUGAAUGUUGACAUCAGAGAAGAUAACAGGCCACCAAAAGCCAGGGCAGGUGGCAGUCGUAUACUUGUGCUCCCUAAUAGCUCUAUUAUAUUGGAUGGUUCCAAGUCGGUUGAUGACCAAGGCAUUGUUUCAUACAUCUGGAUAAAGGAUGGAAAAAGCCCAGCAGCUGGUGAAGUGCUUUAUGGAUCUGAUAAUUAUGCUCAACUGCAGCUUACCAGUUUAGUGGAAGGAAACUAUAUUUUCCAUCUGAAGGUCACAGACAGUCAAGGGAAUUCAGAUACUGAUACUGCUACAGUGCAAGUGAGACCUGAUCCCAAGAAGAAUGAUCUUGUGGAAAUGAUAUUAGAAGUCAGUCUAAAUAUUGUGACUGAAGAGCAGAAACAGACCUUGGUGCAACAACUGGCAGUGUUACUUAAUGUUCUCGAGUCUGACAUCAAGGUUCAGGCCAUGCAUGCACACUCUGAUUUAAGGUAUGCCAACCCUUUGCUGCUUCAGCAAUUGCUACUUCAGCAACAUUAUGCAAAGAUGUUUUGUGCAAAUGAUCUUUAUAACCUAUGUUGUAAUUUGCACUUCUGUAUGUUGUUUACACUUCAUUUUAUUUUCUUUGAAGUUUGUCAUCUUAAGUGUUCUGACCAUGGACGCUGUGAUCCCAUCACCAAACGCUGCCUUUGCUAUCCAUUUUGGAUGGAGAACCUGAUUCAGCUUUACUUUUAUGAUGCUGAAAGUAACUGUGACUGGAGUGUACUGUACGUUAUCAUAUUGGCAUUUACUGCACUUUUAAUUCUUGUUGGAAUACUGUGGUUAUGCAUCAGUUGCUGUAAAAGCAGAAAAAGAACAAAAGUAAGGAAGAAAACAAAGUAUACCAUUCUUGAUAACUUUGAUGAUCAAGAGAGAAUGGAACUGAGGCCCAAAUAUGGUAUAAAACACCGAAGUACUGCACACAACUCCAGCCUCAUGGUUUCAGAAUCAGAAUUUGACAGUGACCAAGAUACUGUUUUUAGCAAACAGAAAAAUGACAGUGACAGCCCUGCAAAGGACAUAAAUGGGUCUAUAAGAAAUGGAACAUCUUUUAACUUUCACUGUAAGGAAGGUUAAUGUCACUGUUAAUGGUGCAAUGAGAAAUGAAAAUGAACCACUAAUGUUAUUGCCAACCAUCCAAAGCCUUGGAAAAAAAAACUUCCCCAAAUGCUUGCUGAAAGUAAAUGAAGGUUGUAAGAAUGUACUUUAUAUGAUAACACAUUAUUUUGAGCAUGCCCCAUCUGUUUUUCCUAAAUGUUUGGGGAAGAUGACAGGUGUCAGCAUUAGGUUCUGAAACCAACAUUUGGCAUUACCCUACUGUGAUGCUUAUAUAUAUAUAUAUAUAUUCGCAUAGCAGGGACAGUGCUAUAUAUGUUUAUUGCUGCACCGGCAAAAUUGACAGAAUUCAGAUCUAUGCAGACCUUAGACUACACAGUUAGCACUGGCAGAAAUAAAGGUGUGCAGUGCAGUUACAACUUACUAACUGAACUUUAUGUUGGAAGUGGUAAAAGUUCAGACCAAAAGGAUUUUAGACAUGGUCUUGCCUGAUAUGGCUAGGUUUACAUUUUGUUUUCUGCAACAAGCAUUUUUUGCUGAGCUUUGAAUAUAAAGAAAUGCCUUAUUUAUAGAGUUUAGUGGAUAAUUACAUUUCUGCUAGUGUUCUGUUCUUGUCAUGUUUUCCUGUGCGUUUAUUGUGUUGUGCAUUAUGCAUACAAAACAUAUUGCCUCAGGCUUCAGCUGUAACCUUACCAACCAUAUAGGAAUAUUUCAAACUGGAGGCAACAUGAGAUCUGGUAAGUUCUACAGUGUGAGUAUAAUAUAAAGAAUAAAAAAGGGGGAGCAGAUAUUAUAUGGGCCAAGUGAUGCUUAUUUGCUGAUAUAUCCUCUGUUUCCUUGACUAGAAAUGCACAUCUUUUUGACAGAUGAUGGGUAUAGCCUUGAGUUAACCAGUACUGAAACACAAACAUUGUGCUGAAAGGCAAAAGGAUUCAGUGUAUAAGUCAAUAUCUCUCCUAUGGGAACACUUUUUAUUCAGCAGUGUAUUGAAAUACUUGGAAUUUUUAAAUGCUUUCAAUAAAUGAAGCAAGACCUUUUCAA